AUGGCAGCUCCUCCGCCCAUAGUGCUCGACGGCGGUACCGGCUUCCUCAAGGUCGGAUAUGCCGCGCAAAACUUCCCCGAGUUCCAGUUUCCCUCGAUCGUCGGCCGGCCGAUUCUGCGAACGGAAGAGAAGGGCGACAAUGACAUGAUCAUCAAGGACAUCAUGUGCGGCGACGAGGCCGCAGCCGCACGUACCAUGCUCCAGAUCAGCUAUCCCAUGGAGAACGGCAUCGUCAAGAAGUGGGACGACAUGCAGCACCUGUGGGACUAUACUUUCUUUGAGAAGAUGCAGGUCGAUCCUAGAGGGCGCAAAAUCCUGUUGACGGAGCCUCCGAUGAACCCGCUCAAGAACCGCGAGCAGAUGUGCGAGGUUAUGUUCGACCGCUAUGGCUUUGGAGGGGUUUAUGUCGCGAUUCAGGCAGUCUUGGCUCUAUAUGCACAAGGUCUAAGCUCCGGUGUCGUUGUUGAUUCCGGUGAUGGUGUUACCCACAUCGUGCCUGUUUACGAGUCCGUUGUUCUCAACCAUCUCACGCGGCGACUCGAUGUGGCGGGUCGGGAUGUCACCCGAAAUCUCAUCGCCCUACUGCUGAGACGAGGCUACGCUCUCAACCGAACGGCCGAUUUCGAGACGGUGCGGCAGAUCAAAGAAAAGCUGUGCUACGUUUCCUAUGACUUGGAGUUGGAUAAGCGCUUAAGCGAGGAUACUACGGUACUGGUCGAGAGCUACACAUUGCCUGAUGGUCGUGUUAUUCGUGUAGGCAGUGAACGAUUCGAGGCGCCAGAAUGCUUGUUCCAGCCUCAUCUCGUCGACUGCGAACAGCCCGGGAUCGCCGAGUUCCUUUUCAACACGAUCCAGGCCGCAGAUGUUGACGUUCGAUCGUCUCUCUUCAAAGCGAUUGUGCUUUCAGGUGGUAGCAGCAUGUAUCCUGGUCUGCCAUCCAGAUUGGAGAAGGAGCUUAAACAGCUGUGGCUGACCAGAGUGCUCGGCGGCAAUCCGGAGAGGCUGAGCAAGUUUAAGGUCAGGAUAGAGGAUCCGCCACGACGGCGGCACAUGGUGUUCUUAGGAGGCGCGGUGUUGGCUAAUAUCAUGGCGGACAAAGAAAGUAUGUGGAUCACGAAGCAAGAAUGGGAGGAGCAAGGACCGAGGGUGCUGGAGAAAUUAGGACCGAGAUAG